AUGACCCGCUGUUAUAAAAAUAACCGUCGUACUCGUUUACAAAAUUCUGGCACUUCUUCUCUGUUUGAAGCCUUAGAACUGGUCCAAAAGGAUAAAGCAAGGCUUGAAAAGGAUGUCCGCAGACUCACGCGUAAAAUUCAAGGCCUAAAUAGUGAUUUGAAAAGGUUGAUAGAUAGUAAUGGACAGCAAGAAUCUUAUAUUAAUGACAUUAAACAGAAGCUAAAGUUGUUGGAAAUGAUCCGUAAACAGCAAGAAGAACGCAUUAAAAGUCUUGAACAUGAGAAAGAGGUGAGAAAGAAGGAAUAA